UCGCGAACGGUAAAAAGAGGGGAAGGGAAAAGUUGAGUCCUUUUUGUCGAAUAAUUCGCUUCUCUUUCUGUCCCUCUUCUUCUCUUCGUCUCCUUGCUCCGGGUCGAAAGCCUUCCGAUCGGUCUUCCUCGGCGGGGAUUUUGCCCUCGGGGAGCUGCUCUGUGGGCCGGCGCGAGGGUCGUGGCGGGGAUCGGCUUACCCUACGCGAGCAGGGCGCGGGAGCUCGGCUCAGGGAUUGGAGCGGUUGAUUUGGGUUUGGAUCCGGUAGUCGGAGCGGCGUCGGCCGCCGGUGGGAGCGCCGGCGGAUGGCGUUGUUCAGGAGGCUUUUCUACCGGAAGCCGCCGGAUCGGCUGCUGGAGAUCUCGGAGAGAGUCUACGUUUUUGAUUGCUGCUUCUCGACUGACACUCUUGGGGAACAAGAAUACAGUGACUACCUGAAUGGGAUAGUUACCCAACUGAAUGAUUACUUCCCAGAACCCUCUUUCAUGGUGUUUAAUUUUAGAGAAGGUAAUCAAAGGAGCCACAUUUCAGACAUUUUGUCUGAUUAUGGCAUGACGGUCAUGGAUUAUCCUGUUCAGUAUGAAGGGUGUCCUCUUCUUCCGCUCGAGAUGAUCCACCACUUUUUGAAGUCGAGUGAGAGCUGGCUGUCAUUGGAAGGGCAACAUAAUGUGUUGCUAAUGCACUGUGAGAGAGGAGGUUGGCCGGUGCUUGCCUUCAUGCUCGCUGGUUUGCUCCUUUACAGAAAGCAGUACAAUGGAGAGCAUAAGACUCUUGACAUGGUGUAUAGACAAGCCCCUAAGGAAUUACUCCAUCUUUUGUCUCCCUUAAACCCCCAAUCUUCUCACCUAAGAUAUCUUCAGUACAUAUCAAGACGAGGCAAUGCAUCAGAGUGGCCUCCAAACGAUAUGCCUUUAACCUUGGAAUCCUUGAUUCUCAGGGUCAUCCCUAAUUGUGACGGGGAAGAUGGUUGCAGACCAAUGGUUCGCAUCUAUGGUCAAGAUCCCUUGGCUCCUAAAAGGAAUCCAAAGAUCCUCUUUGCAACUUCUAAGACCAAAAAACACAUUCGAUAUCACAAACAGGGGGAGGGGACUCCAUUAAGGAUAAAGACCCGUUGUCGUGUUCAAGGAGAUGUAGUUAUUGAGUGCAUUCAUAUUGAUAAAGAUUUAGAAGACGAGAAGAUGAUGUUCAGGGUGAUGUUCAACACAGCUUUUGUCCAAUCUAAUACUCUGAUCCUGUCUCGUGAGGAAAUUGAUGUUGUGUGGAAUUCUGAGGAACAUUUUCCUAGAGAUUUCAAAGCUGAGGUGAUAUUUUCAGACUUUGAUACUUAUGAAUCUGAUUCAAGUUCUGAAACAUUGGUCGAAGAUGGUAAUGAAACAGAAGGUAAUUUCACUGAGGCUGAGGAGUUUUUUGAGGCAGAGGAAAUUUUUACUAAUGCAGACUGGCAUAAUGCAAAUCGAGAUUCUGAAGCAGCUGCAACUAAAAGUGGAACUUCCAUAACUGGUGGGAAUACUACAUCAGAAAUACAUAGUUUAACUGGUGGAGCAAGAAAUAGAUUUGAGCGAAGCAAAGAUCAAGUGAAUUCAAAUACAAGUGGUUCCAAUGAAGUAGCAGGUGUAGUUGCAGAAAUUACAAUGACAAAAACUCCUACUGUGCCAGGUCCAGCUGAGGCCCAUUCCAAAUUUGACAAAUCUGACCAUGAUGAUGAUUUUGUGACAGAGAAAUCAGUCACUUCAGAAUAUGUGGUUCAUAUUGAAGAGAAGGGUGUGAUAGAAAGCAGCACAAGGCAACAAAACUUCAAGGGAGUUGCUUCAUUUUCCGAAGAGAAGAAUUUUAAUAAUAUUAACAAGCUUAAGGUUGAUUCUGAAGGCGUGCCAAUGAAGGCUACCAAUCUUAUCUAUAAGAAUCCAAGUCAGGACAAAAUUCAUCAUGAAAGAGAGACCGAGUAUAUCAGACAUCCAGAUAAAUUUGAACCGUAUAGUGUAAGUACAUUAAGCACCCCACAAGAGACAAUGACUAAAUUUUCUACUAUCUCUAGCAUUAUUGAUGGUAAAAUUAUCAGUGAAAAUUCCAUAUCUCUGGAGGACACCUUUCCUUGUCAUGAGAAGAACAUAGUAGAAGUCAAUGAAAUCAAACACGUGGUGAAGGAAAUUGUUGCAGUUGAUGUCGAAGAGAUGAAUAUAGUUGAAACCUGCAAGGAUGAUCACGAUGCAGAUAACCAAAUUAUUGAAAAGACAACAACCUCAUGUAAUAUGAUUUCUACAAAAGAAAUUGCAACUGAUGUAGAAGCUUUAUCAGAAAAUAUUGACUCAAAAUUUUAUCAAGAGAAUGUUACCAUGAGAAACCUGGUUGACAAUGGUUGCCAUCAAGAGGGACAAAAUAUGGCAAGAGAACUGAAGUUUAAACCAAACAAGGAAACAGAAAGUUCUGUUACUGAAAAGAAGACAGAGACCAAGACCCUUAUUCAGAAGACAAAAAAUAAUGAGCAAAAACAAACGUCAGAAGUAUAUCUGCCUUCGACAAUGGAGAAAUCAUUAACAAGCACAACACAACCUGACUCUCCAGUAGGUAAACCAAUUGUCAAGAAACAGGACUCUUAUGUUGGUCCAAAGAAAUCUACAAAGCCCAAAACAAUUGUUAGGUGGAUCUCACCAAAGAAAGACUCCAAUGCUACUUCAUUCUAUAUUCCACCCCAUCCUCCAUCCAGAUAUAACAGUGCACCUCCUGCUCUGGCCAUCUCUGCAGCUCAAGAUCAAUCUUUUGCAGGUCCAGUGUUGUCUUCAAUUGAGGAAGUACCUCAAUCUUCUUCAGCAUCAGACAUUCUACCUGCAUCUGGAAAUCCACCUCCCAAGUUGCAAGCUCACAAUAUUUCACCCCUGCCGCCAGCCUCACCUCCUACCUCACUCCCAAGCCCAUCCAUUUCAGUUCCUACUCCAAAGACAGAAACUGUUGAUACUAUAUCUACUUCCUCACCAUUGCCUCCACGGCCGCCACCACCGCCUCCACUGCCUCCACCAACACCUUUUUCCUCAUUUGGAAUCUCAUAUGGAUCUUUUCAACUAUCCUCUCAAACUUCUCCUUCAGUAAUCAAUGUUUCUCAUACAAAAGUUCCACCACCUCCUCCUCCUCCUCCUCCUCCAUCUAGUAAAAUUGAUUCCUAUGCUACACAGUCGGAAACAUCCACUAGAUAUUUGUCAUCUCCACUGAUCAAUCCUCCUCCUCCUCCUCCUCCUCCUCCACCACCACCACCACCACCACCACCACCACCACCACCACCUCCAUUGUCUAAAGCUUAUGCUAAAGCACCUUCAGUGGCACCUCCUCCCCCACCACCACCUCCUUUGCCUUUCUCAAGCUCUUCAAAGUUUCCUAAUAGUUCUAGUCUUAUGCCGCCGCCGCCGCCGCCGCCACCACCUCCGGCACGUGCGAUUCUUGCACCACCACCACCACCGCCACCACCACUGACACGUGCGAUUCUUGCGCCGCCGCCGCCGCCACCGCCACCACCACCACCAUUAGCACAUAAUAAUGUUUCUUACUCACCUUUGCCUCCACCUCUUUUUAAUCCAUGUGGACCUCCUCCUCCUCCUCCUCCACCACCACCACCACCACCACCACCACCACCACCACCUCCUUCUAACCCACGUGGUGCUCCACUGCCACCGCCACCUCCUAAUCAGCAUGGUGUUUCUCCUCCUCCUCCACCACCACCACCUCCUAAUCCACGUGGUGCUCCACCACCACCACCACCACCACCACCACCACCACCUCCUAAUCCACGUGGUGCUCCUCCUCCACCACCACCUCCUCCUCCUCUUAAUCCACAACAUGCUCCUAACCCACAUGGUGCUUCUACUCCGCCGCCACCGCCACCUCCACCUCCUCCAACUAAUCAACGUGGUGCUCCUCCUCCACCUCCUCCACCAACUAUUGGGCCACAAAAUGGUGCCCCCCAUCCGUCACCUCCUCUAGGGACACGUGGUAUUGCUCCACCUCCGCCCCCUCCUCCAGGUCCGCGAGUUAGUGCUCCUACACCACCACCACCACCACCAGGCACCCGUGCACCCCCUCCACCCCCUCCAGGACCACGUGGUGGUCCUCCUCCUCCUCCUCCUCCCGGUUCACGUGGAGGUGCACCUCCUCCACCUGCCCCACCUAGGGCACCAGGUGCACCGCCACCUCCACCAACCAAUGGUCAAGUUGAUGCGAGAGGAGCAAUGCCAAAUGGAGGAAGAGGUCGUGGACUCACACGUUCUACAGCAUCAAAUCCGGCAUGUUUGGCACCCCGUAGGUCAUCGCUGAAGCCAUUGCACUGGGUGAAAGUAACAAGAGCUGUUCAAGGAAGUUUAUGGGCUGAGCUACAAAGAUCUGGUGAUGCUUCAAGUGCUUCAGAAUUUGAUGUGUCAGAACUUGAAAGUCUCUUCUCUACUGUAGUUCCAAAAGCAGAUGAUAGCUCAAAAUCUGAUGGACGUCGUAAAUCUGUUGGAUCUAAAUUAGAUAAAGUCCAUCUAAUUGAACUGAGGCGUGCCAAUAACACUGAAAUCAUGCUGACAAAGGUCAAGAUGCCACUCCCUGAUAUGAUGAGUGCUGCUCUGGCGUUGGAUGAUUCUAUUUUAGAUGUUGACCAAGUGGAGAAUCUCAUCAAAUUUUGUCCAACCAAAGAGGAAAUGGAGCUCCUGAAGGGUUAUACAGGUGACAAGGAAAAACUUGGCAAAUGUGAGCAGUUUUUCCUGGAGUUGAUGCAAGUUCCAAGGGUGGAAUCUAAAUUAAGAGUUUUCUCUUUCAAGAUUCAGUUUGGCUCUCAGGUCUCUGAUCUUAGAAAAAGUUUGAAUACUAUAGAUUCUGCAUGUGCGGAGAUUCGCAAUUCUGAUAAACUGAAGGAGAUCAUGAAGAAAAUUCUUUUUCUUGGUAAUACCUUAAAUCAAGGAACUGCAAGAGGCUCAGCUAUUGGCUUUCGCUUGGACAGCCUUCUUAAACUUACUGACACUCGAGCUAAUAAUAAGAUGACACUUAUGCACUAUUUGUGCAAGGUAAUUGCUUUGAGAUCUCCAAAUCUUUUGGAUUUUCAUGAGGAUCUUAUUAGCUUGGAAGCUGCAUCAAAGAUACAAUUGAAAUCUUUGGCUGAAGAAAUGCAGGCCAUUGUCAAGGGUUUAGAAAAGGUUGGGUUAGAACUGAAUGCAUCUGAAAAUGAUGGCCCUGUCUCAGAAAUCUUCCAAAAAACCUUGAAGGGAUUUAUUGUUGUUGCUGGAACUGAGGUACAAUCAUUAACAGCACUCUACACUGCAGCGGGUAGAAAUGCAGAUGCCCUUGCCCUAUAUUUUGGUGAAGAUCCUGCACGCUGUCCCUUUGAACAAGUUAUCUCUACACUCUCGAACUUUGUAUCGAUGUUCCGCAAAGCACAUCAGGAUAACUGCAAGCAAGCUGAACUUGAUAAAAAGAAAGCUCAAAAGGAGAGAGAGAUUGAAAAGUCUAAACCUUCGAUGCAGAAUAGUAAAGAUGACCUGAAGCAGACAAGUUUGAGUGAGCAAUUGGGGCAAGCAAAGGAGAAGGUUAAGUCUAAAAGCAAAAGCGAAAAAGACAUUAGAUGACCUCUAGUUCUCAACUUUUGGCUCGUAUCCUGGUUGGUUGCUUCCUGGCAGUGAAACUCUUUCAUCCUUUGAGUAUAGGAAUCACUUCCAAUGAUGGAGAAGACAGCAAUGCAAAGGCAUUCUGUUUGAAGCACGGCAGACAACGAUCAAAAAUAGGUCUGGGCCUGCUUAUUCUUUGCACAGGGAUUAUCUGAGCGCUAACGGUCUUACCUGGUGCAUUUGACCUCCAUGCCAUGCCCAAACGAGCUGUUCAGCAGCUUCUUUGCUAAUUGUAGAAGCUCAAGGAUUUGGGAUUAUACGUCUAAUCCAAUGCACUAUGGCUAGCCAAGCAACUCCAACUCUACUUGUAGUACCUGUACAGAGCUAAUCUUUUGGUUUGUUUGAUUGUCUUUUUGUAAAAUCUUUUAUUCUUUGACAAGGCACGGCCAAACUAUAGAUAAUAUUAUAUUCUAAGGUAUCUGAAAGUAAAUAUCUGUAUAGAGCCCGAUUUUAAUGGGAUAGGCUCUGACUUGAGCCCAAUUUUCCGAA